AUGGAACAAGUCUACUCAAAAGCAUCUAACAUGGCUAUUCUUGUGGUCACCUUCAACUACCGAAAUCAGAUCAUGGUUAUAAGAUGGGUAAAGACCCAUAUAAGCAAGUUCGGAGGGGACCCCAAUCAUAUUGUCAUUGGCGGCGACAGCGCCGGUGCAGCCUCUAUUACAUUUCUUCUUUCAGCCUACGGGGCAAACGAUGAGGGCCUUUUUCAUGCCGCUGCUGCAGAAUCGCAAAGCUUCGGUCCCGUGCGGACGAUCGAUCAGAGCCAGUUUGCUUAUAAUAGCCUCGUUAUCCGCACCGGUUGCGCACACCGGAUCUCACCGUAUGCGUUGCUCGUACCAGUGAUUCAUCUUCGCCAGGUGGUCAAAUCUGAUAUUAGGGAGUUGGCUCUGGAUGAAGGUAUCGGCUUCCCCCACAGUGGAGUGUUCGCUACAGCUGGAAUGAACGGUUGGAACUAUUACUACGCUGUUGAAGACCCAGCUGCGGAAGCUUCUGGCGAAGGAGUUAGAGCCAUACGGUGGAAGCCAAUGCCAUCUGGGGACCCCAUGAUGCAGGGCUACUGGACCAGUUCCAUCAAGUCCUUCGAUCCCAAUCCGCACCGUCACCCCGGCAGCCCGGAGUGGAAGACAUGGGGUGACAGAGAGGACUACAGUCGCAUUUUCAUCCGAACCAACCACACCGUAAUGGAGACGGUGCCGGUAGCACAGAGGGAGCGAUGCGAUCACUGGGUGAGUAUAGGGACGGAUCUUUCGCAGUGA